AUGGACCGAAGACGCAUCUACUGCAAGUGGAAGGCCUCGCAGAUCCUCAAGGCUCUCAAGGAGGGGAAGAUACCAACUCCCGGGGGGGCUGGGGAGGACGUCGUUACAGGAAUGCCUUCAAGCAACGAUGCAGCAGCACCGGCGCCGGCUCCGGAGGCAACAGGAAUGCCUUCUUCGAGCGGAGGCGGCGGCGGCGGCGGCGGGUACGGCGGUGGCACCGACGAAUCGAAGUACGAUCCGUCGACGCGCCCGAGGACGCCUGUACCGUCCGCGGCCGGGCCGCGGAGAUCGGGCAGCGGCGGCGGCAGGGCGAUGGAGGGCAACAUGGCGGACGCGAUGGAGCACUGCAAGUUCGCCCUGCGGGCGCUGGAGAAGAAGGAUGUAGACCUCGCGGUGCAGAAGCUGCACGAGGCCCUGCAGCAGCUCACAUAGUUUGUUUUUGGGGAGGGGGGGAUGUGAAGGCCGAAGGAGUGGGAGUGAGUGCAAUAGUUGGGGGCUCGUUUUGCAGCAACUAAGACGUGGGAGUUUUAGAUGAACAGUUGCAAGAAGGUUGUUUUGCUGCAGCUCACAUAUUGUAGCUUUUUUGGUUGUGCGGGGAUGUGAGGUUAUAACACGUGGGGGUGUCCGGGUGCAAUAGUUGCGAAGAGGCUCUCUUUUUGGAGCACCUUAUUUUUUUGGGGGGGGAUAAGGCAACCAAGUAGUAUGUGAAGUGUAGCUCGUUGCACCGGGAAGGAUCGUGCUUGUGUUUUGGGUGUCGCGGUGGGGACAAAGGGGGGCUCGCUCUUGUUCUUUGCUGUUUUCUCCUUGUGGAGGUCGUUCUGACCUUCCUCCAACCAUGACGGACUCACGCAACUAUGCUGUCGCGACGUAGAGUGAAGGGUGUGUAUAGUGUACGGGUGGCUUAUUGCAUUUACUUUGUAGCUGGUUCGCCCGAUCGUUUGGCCAUGAACUCUCGAGACGUAGGUGGGCACAUCUCUUUUCCUAGACGAUUCUCCCCCAUGCCCCGUCGGCGUGGGGUGGGGGGGAAGGCGAAGACAGCGUCGACGUUCUACGUUAGGCGGAGAAGGGUGAAUGGUCGGCCUUUUUUAUGCCGUUAUGUGCCGUUACGGAGUUGGGCGAAGAAGGUGAACUGAAGGGCUUGUAUUCGCUAUCGUUGGUGUGUGUUGAAUGGUGGGUUUUGUUUUUCCACUCCACGCCUUUAGCGAUUGAGAGGAUGGAUGCCAUUGGCCAGAAAAUCGAGCAACGGUUCUCGACCCAUUGAAGAAGCGUCACAUGUAGGGGCAGGCUGCAUGCAACGAGAGGGCGCUCUCCCUCGCUUGCGCAGUCGGCAUCCCAGAAUAGUGUAGUAAUGGGCUCUUCCCA